AUGUCUGCCCUCGCGGACGCGCCGUUCACGCUGCUCCUGCGGAACUGCCGCGUUGCCACCAUGGCCGCCAACACAUCGGCGCCCUACGGCGCCGUGCUCGACGCGUCGAUCGGCGUCGCCGGCGAGCGCAUCGCCUUCGUCGGGCCCGCGUCCGCCGUGCCACAAGGCCGCGUCGCCGCCGGGACGGAAAUCGUCGACCUCGGCGGCCGCUGGGUCACUCCCGGCCUCGUCGACUGCCACACGCACGUCGUCUACGGAGGCGCGCGCGCGGCGGAGUGGGAGCUGAAACUCAAGGGCGCGACCUACGAGGAGGUCGCGCUCGCCGGCGGCGGCAUCGUCAACACCGUCGGCGGCACGCGCGCCGCCGGCGUCGACGGGCUCGUCGCGGCGGCGCGGCCGCGCGUCGAGGCCAUGCUCCGCUGCGGCGUCACGUGCCUCGAGAUCAAGAGCGGCUACGGCCUGAACCUCGCGGGCGAGCGCGCGCAGCUGGCGGCGGCGCGGCGCCUCGGCGAGGAGCUCGGCGUCGACGUCGCGACGACGUUCCUCGGCGCGCACGCGACGCCGCGCGAGUUCAAAGGCCGCGACGACGCCUACGUCGACGAGGUCGUCGCGAUGCUGGCGCCGCUCAAGGACGAGGGCCUCGUCGACGCCGUCGACGCGUUCUGCGAGAAGGCGGGCGUCGGCUUCUCGCCGGCGCAGACGGGCCGCGUCUUCAAGGCCGCCCGGGAUCUCUGUCUGCCGUGCAAGGUCCACGGCGACCAGCUGCAGGGCGCGUUCCACUGCGGCAAGCUCGCGGCGGGCUGGGGCUGCCUCGAGUGCAGCCACUGCGAGUACGCGUCGCCCGAAUCCGUGGAGGCCAUGGCCGCCGCGGGCACGGUCGCCGUGCUUUUGCCGUCGGCGAACUACUUCAUCAAGGAGCGGGCGACGCCGCCCGUGGCCGCGUUCCGCGCCGCGGGCGUGCGCAUGGCGCUCGCGACGAACUGCAACCCGGGCUCGUCGCCCUGCUGCUCCCUCCUCCUCGUCAUGAACAUGGCCUGCACGCUCUUCGGCCUCACGCCCGAGGAGGCGCUCGCCGGCUGCACGCGCCACGGCGCCGCCGCGCUCGGGCAGGGCGCGGACCGCGGCACCGUCGAGGCCGGCAAGCUCGCGGAUCUCGCCGUCUGGGACGUCGACGGGCCCGGCGAGCUCGCCUACUACCUCGGCCUCGACCUCCUCGACCGCGUCUACCGGCGCGGAAAGCUCCGGCGUUCCUAA